AUGAAGAAGCAGAAGGCCACAGAUCAGCAGGAGGCUGCCGCUGCCGCCCGGCAGCCCAACAACGGCCCCGCCCCCGGAAACCCCAGCGCAUUACCGGCACCGCAAGGCGGAAGCACGCGGAGAACGGGGAGGGAGAGCACAGCACUGCAGGGCCAUCUCGGCUCUGCCAGCGAGAUCCCCCAGUGGGGCUUUUGCACUCUACCACAGCGGGGGAAGGGCGACGCCAAGAAGACAACGGCUGCGACGGGGGGUGAGGGGAAGAGCACCGACCCUGUUGCUAAAGGGAAGCAAGGCAAGACUGGAGGCUCUAACAAGGCUUCCGGCCCGGCGACGCAGAAGGCAAAGAAGAGCAGUGGAAAACAUACAGCGACCCCCGCGGGGAAAGGCAAGGACACCGCGAAGAAGACAAACACAGCUACUCCCAAGGGAACGAAGGGCAGCAAGUCGAAGGCCACCUCUCAGGCAAAGGGUACAAAGGGCACCGCCAAAAAGACAAGCACUGCUGCUGCCAAGGGGAAGGAUGGCAACAAAGCGAAGACCACCUUCCCGCCGGAGAGCAAUAAGGGAAACACCCACAAGACGCGUCCCACAGUAGCUAAGGACAAGAAGGAUACAGCCAAGAAGACAUCCCGGCUGGCAAAGGGAAGAAAGCCUCGGCGAAAAAGGGGAGGGCCAAGACCAAAACAUCUGCUGCCCAUGGCAAGAAAAAACACGGGAAAGAAAGUGUCCUCGUCAGGCCCCAAAGGAGGGAAGAGUCCCGUGCAAAAGGGAAAAGCAGCUGUGACGAAGGGUAAAGAGGCCAUCGCCAGAGGAAGGCCUCUCUGGGUGUCAAGGGCAAGAAGGUCACUGUCAAGAAGACAGGUGCUCUUCUCCAAAGAAACAAACAAAGGGGAAAUUCCGAACCGCAGCGACGCCCACAGCGGGGAAAAGGACCGCAAAGAAGAUAAACAAGGUUGGGGCUAA